AUGACAGCUUUGCAGCCAUCCGGAUGUUCUAUAACAUCUUUCGGAACAAUAGAGGUCAAAUUAUGGCCCAGAGGACUGCGAUACGUACUGAUUGUUGAAAAGGAAACCAUCUAUUACAGGCUCUUGCAGUGUGCUAUAUUAAAAAGACAUAACCCCUGCGUAAUGAUACUAUCGAGAGGUUUCCCAGAUAUCGCCACGAGAGAAUUGCUGUACGAAAUCAGGAAUCAUUCCAAAAAGUUAAAUGUGCCAAUAUUAUGUCUAACUGAUUUCAACAGAGCAGGUCUAAAUAUUGCACUAACAUUUUACAGAGGACCGAUAAAAACAAACUACUAUACCAACGAAUGUUCAAUUCCCGAACUUAAGUGGCUAUAUUUGGGCAAAAGGGAUAGUUGGGACCCAAAAAUCCAAUCUGUUUAUGAAAUGAAUGACUGGAGAGAAAUACUACAAUUGAUGGCAUCUUGUACAUACAAUCUCGACGAGAUCACUGACCUAGAAGAUCGGUUGAUAAAAAUCUUGGAAAAACCAUGA